AUGGCUACGACUUUCCAUCUUUUCCCCUUUCUCCCUUGGGAGCUCCGUGCUCGCAUUUGGGAACUGACGGUUGAGCCUCGAACAGUCGAAGUCCACACCAUUACGUAUGGAUCAGAGGAAGAUUCAGAGACACAAGCUGAGGACGGGGAACCACACAGGCGCCUAGUCUCAACCACGCCCGUGCCAGCAACACUCCACACCUGCCGCGAAGCGCGCAAUCUCGGAUUGUAUCAAAAGGAAUUUUCUGAGUUUGAAGAUGUCCCAGAAGGCCGCGAGAAGCGUUACGUCUGGCUGAAUUUGGACAUCGACAUGAUCGACAUUGGGCAGGAGGAGCUCAAAAGAUACCGACCGAUUGCCAAGUCCAUCAAGAGACUCAAAUAUAGGGCCCGAACGUUUGAGUACGACGAUGUUUCUUGGCUCCACAUGUUUGAGAGCUUGGCAGAGGCUCACAUAGAUUGUUUCAACGAAGAAGGCCUGAAUGACUGGUACUGGGCUUUUGCACCUUUCCAGCUUAGGUGCGAUCACAGAAACAUCCUGUUGAUCGAGUCGGAAAAUGGUCGCACAAUCACUGCGCAGGAACUGGAGGAGGAAUACGACCGUAGGGAACAGGAAGCACUUGAAGAGUUUGCAGAUGCUGAUCCGGUCCCCGUUUCUGAGAUGUUGGCUGGACUGGACAUCGCCUCGAUGUUGCCCAAGCUCAUGAGCUUCGCCGAGAUUGCUCGAAACAUGGAAGACAACGAUUGA